AACGCCAACCAUAUAUUUAACGCUAUCCACUAUUCGAUGCGACAAUGGGGCUCUUCUUUGCACCACAAUGGCAUGUCAUACUUUAUAGCGACGGUGCCGGCUGGUACUGAAUUUUACCAUGGCACUUGGACAUCCGAACCAGUCCAGGGGAUAGAGUGGUUGGCGUUUGAGCCGGAGCAUGCCAUGUUGUUUGCUGUAUCUCGCAGGUCAAGGCGAAAGCCACCGCCGGGAGACAAGCCAGGUAAUAAUAGACCGCCUAGCAGAAGCGACGAUGAUACCCGAUCUCAUGGACGGAAUAAAAUGGCUAGCCCACCAAAAUGGAACGAGCGCUUCCUGCACACCUACGGCGCAAAAAAAAACCUUCGGCUCCUCUACUUGGAUGGCAUGUCGGCGGCCAAAUCGGACAAAGGCACCCUCGAUACCCAAGAUGUCGUUCUCUUAAAUAUAACAAAUGGUGGAUUAAUGAAUGAACUGGAACGAGCACGCGGCAUGUGUGCCCUAGCAGAGAAAGAGUGGGGUAAUCAGAUUGACGGCAUCCUUCGCAUGGAAGGCGGAUUCGAAAUCAUUCUUUGCUCCUUCGCCAAGAACCUGAACACUAUCCGGGUAACGCAGGCAAAAGAACGUCCAAGAAGAGGUGGCAUGCACAUGGGACUCACGAACGAGGCUUUCUUCUCGUAUUAUCAAGCCAUUACCUCACGAUAUCACGGUAUCGGCGGAAACAGAGUUUCCCUAGACUAUGAAAAUUUUGUUACGGCCUAUGAUUAUCCUCACUUCGACUUGUUUCCGGGAAAUGAGAAGCUGCCGCGUUUACAACAUCUUCCAGACGAUGUCAUUACCACUCUUCGGGAAGCGGUGCAGAACCUUGCACUGGCAUCAUCAUCAUCAUCAUCAUCAUCAUCAUCAUCAAGAGUUGGUUUUUCAGAAACACCUUCUUCUUCAGCGGCACCAUUUGACUGGCAGGCUGUCACAGACUUGAUUGUCGCCAGGUAUGCGCCGCGAUUGAGUUAUAUUCGCUCCGGCGCCUUUCCUACAGCAGAGUCUCUCAGAGACGAGCUUGAGAGGACAUUGCAGCCCUUUAUUGAUUUUGAGUUUCGCAAUGAGACGCUCGAGAUCAACCGAUGCGCGAAGUACUUUCUAACAUCCACUCCAGAUCCAGCGGUUACGCUUGCUGGACGCGCAAUUAGUCAAGUCUCGUACCAGAUAUGCUCUACAAUUAGCUCAAUUGCUAGCGGACUGAACGAGAGUGAAGAUGAAGGAAAUGCCGGGAGUCUAGACCAUGCAACGGCCAUGAAACAAGUUGAAGAAUUGAUGGACUACUUAAAUUGGCCCGAGUGGAAGGAGUGUAGAGGAUGCAAGGACGAUGAGGUAUGCGUGGUUCCUGUUUGGCCAUGGGGUGCAAAGAAGGACUGGGAGUCGCCA